AUGAUUCCUCAUAGGAAAUGGUAUUCUAUUUUAUGUGUGGAAUAUUUCAUAUAUAGUAAUUCAAAUUUAAAAAAAAAUAACUGCAUUUACUCAUUGAAUAGUGAAAAAAAUGCGAAAAAAGAUAAAAAUGAAAAAGGAAAAUGGAGACCAAAAGAAUUAUAUUGUAACUUACUCUUAUUAAUAUUUGUAAUACUUACUAUUGGCUGCACAUAUGUAAAAAUAGAGAAUUUGAGCAGCCUUAGUAAAGGGUCCAUUUUACAGGACAUUAUUUUUUCAAGAUAUUCGAGGGGUCUUUGCGAAAUUGAGUCUGUGAAUAAUGUAUCAAAUAAAAGUGUAUUUACACGUAUCUUUAAUAGGAUAAGAGGUGAAGAAAAAAAGAGAAAUUGUGAAGAACCUGAUAAGAAUAUAAUGGACUAUCUACUUAAAAACGAUUUGAAUCUUAAAGAUAAAAAACAGAAAAGUACGAAUAGAAGUACUAUCGAUAUUCCAACUCUAGAUACAGAAGAAAAUGGAUCACCUCUUAUUGAUAUCACAGAUAUACCUUUUAUAGAAAGUAGUAAAAAAAGUAAUGAAGAAGAACUUGAAGAAACCCUUGAUGAAAAGAUAUUGAAAUGUAGAAGUAGAUUAGCAAAAGAAUCGGUUUCUAAAACUGUAUAUAAUUGGACGUUAGGUAAAAAGGCUUUAAGUAAAAUGUUACAUUAUGAUGCAGAUAAUUUUUCCAUAAAUGGUGUGAAAUAUCCAGAUUGGAAAUUAAAACCUAUACCAACAAUUGGUUACAAUAAAAAGAGUGGAAGAGUUCAAGAAAUGUAUACAACAGUUAUUAAAGGAAAUCCAGAUGAAAAUACAGAAGAUGUAAAAUUAUUUAUUAAAAAGAUACCUAUAGAAAUAUGGGUAAAACAAUUUGAAAAAAUGGCUAGAUAUCGAGGGGAAUAUUUAGUAAAUGCUGAAAAUUUUGUAAUGGAAGCUGUCGCUUCUGCAUUUUUAACGGAAUAUCAUCCAGGAAUAACACCAAAAUUAUAUAAAAUAUUAUAUGAUCCGAUUUGCGAAAAUAAAAAGAAUUUACAUAAAAUAUCUUUUAAUGAUUUAGGUGCAUUUAAUUAUAUUUUGCGUAGUAGAUUAAAAAGUAACAUUGAAGGAAAUAUUGUAAUAAUUUCUGAAUUAUAUGGUCAAGAUAUAUUUAAUUAUAUUGAUAAAAAACGACAAGAUAUUGGUAUGGAUGAUGAUGAUGAUGAUUUAGUUUUAACUAUUGAAGAAAAAAAGAGUAUUCUUUAUAAAGCUUUAAAUUUAUAUAGAAGAUUACAUGAAGCAGGUUUAACACAUCUAGAUUUAUCAGCAGAAAAUGUUUUAAUCGAUGAGAAUAAUGAGGUACAUUUAUGUGAUUUAGGUAAAAGUACACCUGUGUAUACUACUAGCUUAAGACAUUUAGAUGACAGUUUAGAUUUAUCAAUUUUUGAAUCUUGCGUACCAUGUGUAGGCAAAGAAGCUUAUAUGCCUCCUGAGUGUAUGAAGUUAUAUAAAGAAUAUCGUAAAAUGAAGGUAAGUAGUCCCUUUGAGUAUGCUAAUUCUGUAAGGGAUAGAAGAGAAAGAAAAAAAUGGUAUUUUGAUGUUUUAACAGCUGAAAAAUAUAUGCUUGGAAUUUUCUUUAUUUGGAUCUGGAAUGAAGGCCAUUUAUGGGAUUGUUCAGAUCCAUCAAAAGAUGAAAUUUUUAAUGAAAUAAAUGAAUGUGAAAUGGACUUGGAUAAGUGCGAUUUAACUGACAAUUGGCCUGAAGAGUUGAAAGCGAUGAUUAAG